UCUCUCUCUGACAAAUAUAUAAGCUCUUAAAAAAGAAAAAGAAACAUAAGGGUUAGUGUGGCUGAACAUAGUAGAGGGUGGGUAUCAUAGGAGAUGAGGUUGGAGUGAUGUCCUCGAUAGUGUAGGGCUGAAGGACCUAUUGUGAGCAGGAGUGGCCUGAUGUAAUUUACCUUUUGAAAAGGCUCCUCUGAUGGCUGUACAGAGAAUGGACUGUAGAGGGGGCAAGAGUAGAAGUUAAUGGUUGCAGUUCUUGCAACUGUGUUACAUUACGCUUGAUUCAUUGAUUUAGCAAGUGUAUUUUGUGUGCCUUCUGUGCACUAGGCAAUGGGCUGGAUAGGCUGUGGGCAUGUGUUAGUGAACAAGACAGACAUAAUUUCUGUCCUUCAUGGAUCUUACAGUAUUGAGGGAGACGGGCAUUAACCAAAAUAAUCACACAAUUGUAUAAUUACAACCAGUGAUAAUUACAGAGGGUGCUAUGAGAGGAUAUAACUGGGGGCUCAGGGAAGAAAACCCUAAGGGAGGGAUGGGGAUUAGCCACAUGCUGGAGGAAAUUGCAUGUAGGAAGGCCUACCCUUUCCCUGAGGCUUACAUAUCCUGGGAGCUCCUGGAAGGUUGUGGGGACAUCUUCCAAUUCAUCUCCAUAUACUCAGUGCCUGGUACAGUGCUGUGCACUUAGAAGGCAAGCAAGCAGUGUCUUCCCAAUUAAAAUUCAGUUUCGCCAGAGUUCCUUCGGCCUCGCUGUCAUUCAGCCUCACCUUUGCUGCCCUUGAAGUCUUGAUCCCAAGAAAAUGUCCCUUCAUAUCAGAUCAUGCUGUGAUUUGUUCAUUAAGUAGGAAAAGUCUUCUCCCCUCUCCCUUCCCUGUUGUCAUGCACCUGUGUAUUGUCUCAGACUUCAAAAUUAAGUUGUUACGUGGAACCAGGAUCAGAACAGAUCUGAUGGAAAUCUGUGGAUUGGUUCUGUAGCAUCUUGCAGAAAUCAUAAGCAGUUUCAUCUGGAAAACAAGUAUGGGGAGAGAUUAAAUUUGACAGCUUAAAAGUGUUUUGUGACAUGUGCUCUGAGAAAGUAAAACAUUUUAAACUUUUUGUGUAGAAACCUCAGUGCUUGUGGAGGUUUUGAAGUUUGUGAUGACAUGGUGACUAAGGAUAUCAUGACCCCUCUGGUUGCACUGCUGAAAGAGUGUAGUGCUGGCCUGGAUUCAAAUGAGAUGUCUCCACAGGAAAAAAAAGAUCAGAACAGAAAUUCUAUUGAGAACAUAGCCAAUGAGGCCAUGAAUGUGCUGUGGAAUAUAUGCAUAUUGUUUGCAGACAGUGACCGAAGAUAACCCAGAGCUGCUGAAAUCUUUCAGUGCCCCAGCAUUGCAUGUACUGGAAUCAGCAAUGCUUUCUCCUGUCAGUUCCAUGGAGUACAUUCUAUUAAAGACAUUGGUGGCAGGCACCAUUUGGAACCUAAAGGACAUUAUUCCAUCCAAGAGUCAGGCGGAAAUCAUAAAUGCCAUACUGAAGAUCUUGUCUGACGUUCUGGACGUGGACGCUGGUGAGACGGUAAUUCGAAUGCAUGAAGCCGAAAAGCAGAGGUUAGAAGCUGCUGCAGAGACGGAGGACGUGCUGGAGAGCACCAGCCGUGGCUCUCUGAUGGAAGAUGAUGAAAUGGAAGAGAUCCCGCACAAAAGAAAAGUCAGAAGGAAAACCUUCAUUUCUGAUUUGCUUCCACCCACUGACAAGGAACUGAGAGAGACCAUAGCGUUGUUGACGGCUCAGCAGACUGCUCUGGAAAUUGUCGUCAACAUGUGCUGCAGUGAAGAUCCCUCUGAUGAUGAGUGGGAAGAGCUUUCUAGCAGUGAUGAGAGCGAUGCAUUUAUGGAGAAUUCCUUCAGUGAGUGCGGUGGGCAGCUGCUGUCUCCCCUUUGCCUCUCCCAUGAGGUUCACACCGCGUUCACCAACUACCUCAUCCCAAAGAAGAUUUUUGAGAAAACUGCCUUUCCAAACAGCACUGCAGUUGACAUAUGUUUUAGGAGUCCCACUUGGAAAUCUUUGGUCAGAAAAAUGAACACUAUUCAGUGCAGAGCCCUCGUGUGUCUCCAGAGUCUUGUAUCCCUCCUGGAUGUGGACCAUCUCGGGGGACCUGCAGCCCUGCAGACACUUGCACAACAUCUGUCCCAGCUGCUUUUUGCUCAGCCAGAUUUUGCUAAGCAUGUUGACUUUCUAGAAGCCAUAAGUAGUGCCUUGAGGGCCCUUUUGCAAACAAUGGCCUCCAAGAACAUUUCUCAGUGUAUGACUCCCAACCAGCUGAUGACACUAUGCACAGCCGGCAUUCAUAGUAGUAAUACUGGGGUUAGAGUAAAUGUUGUUAGUAUUUUAGGAAUCACGGGCAGCGUCCUUGCCAAAGAAGAUGGAACACUGGAAACUCUUAAGACCAUUGGGUGCUUUCUGCUUGAAGUUGCCACCAAAGAUCCCUCCCUUGUGGUGGCAGGAGAAGCCUUGGAUGCUCUCUUCGAUGUUUUUGCAGAUGGUAAAGAAGCUGAAAGGGCCUCAGUUCAGAUUAAAUUGUUACCUGCUCUGAAGGAAUUCCAGCCAGUCUUCAAAAUGAAGAUACGAAAAGAAGGGAGAGGUAAAUACAGUCCAGAUCAGCUGUGUGUUCUCGACAAUGUGAAGAUGAAUUUGAGAAGGUUUGUCGCUUAUCAAGAAACUGUUGAGAAAAGACUGACUACUUGAACCAUUGAGAGAGACCAGUUCUCGCCCCAAGUGUUCAAUGCUAAAGAGUACUAAAGUAUUUCCUUGGAGUGUAUGUGUUUCUAAAAGUCAUUUUUUAAAUCCCCGUAUCCUGUACAUUCAUUUGAAGUUUAUAAAAACUUCAAAACCUCUCAGAAACUCUUUUAAGCCGUGGGAUCUCUGUGGCAUUUCUAGUAUUCUCUAAAUUAUGUUUCCAGCAUGUUUUAAUCACUGGAAACAUGAAGAGUGGAAGAGUAGAAACAGAAAGGAAUCUCAGGUGGUUCUUCGUGAGCAGCAAAGAACCUCCCAAACAAUCAUGUUUUCCUUGAAUUUUGCAGGAAAGGAAAAUCCAAAGCAUUGCUUGGAUGCUCUUUUAAGCAAGUAUCAUUUUAUACGUGCUGCCAAAGCUAGCAAGCAUCAUUUUAUAUUAGCUAAAUCUCUAAACUGAAAUAUGAAAACAAGCUUUAUUAAAGUUUUUUGGUAUGAAGUAUACCAAUUACAUUUCCCCUUUGUGCAGAAGUGAAUGAGUUGAGUUUGUAUUCCACUAUUUAGUAGAAUAUUCUGAGGAAUUCGUGAGGUCAUUGUCAGCCUCCGUACAAACGGAGCUGAUCACUUACUGCUUUGUAACAGCACUCCAUGUUUAAUUUGAUGUGGAAUCAGAAUUAGAAGGAAAUAUUUUUUAAUAAAUAACUUUUUAAUUGCAA